CUGCCUGGGCGAGAGUCAAGAGCAGAAUCCGUGGAGGGGAUUGUCGUUAACCUCGUGGUGGAGAGUGACUGCUGCAAGACCUCCUUGAAUGUCAACAGGGAGACCUCAGGGAGUUUCCCGGCCGGCUGUGGGUGUGGUCAGUGGCAGAUGUAGCGAGCAACCUCCUCCCCAUGGCGCUUAUCGUGGACAAGGGCUGUGACCGGCCUGUGGCGGGGUACUCUGUACUCCCGCCCUGGGCACCAGAAGCAGUUGUGGUCCACAUCCAAGACCUCCCAGUUAGCAAGCGUCACUGUCCACAACACGUGCUGCAGCAAAGGGCUGCAAUGAGUAUUGCAGCAGCAGAGCACCCUGGGUGCGCCGUAUAUUACACCGAUGGCUACUGGGAUCCAGAGGCUGGCCGCACAGGUGCCGGGGUACACCAUGCCACCCUGACGGCCGGAUGGCGACUCCAGGAUCACUGCACCAUCCUCCAGGCAGAACUCCAUGCCAUCCAGAGGGCCCUGCAACACGCGCUCCUGGAUCAUCGGCGACCCCCAGUCAUUCACGUCGACUCCAGAGUGGCGAUCCAGGCCAUCAUGCACAGGGAGCCCAGAGACAACAUCCGGCUAAUUACUGCCAUCAGGAAGGACCUGCAGACACUUAAUGAGCAGGGAUGGCAAGCAACAAUCAACUGGAUUCCGAGCCACAUCGACCUCACUGGGAAUGAUGUGGCGGAUGGCGCGGUGAAGUCAGCAGCCGUUGAACCCCAGCCAGUGACCACCAUUGCCAUCAGCCGCAGGCAGGUGGACCUGUGGGCAGCCGCUGCAGCCAGGCGCCCGCUACCAGGGCCAGGCACAUUGCGGAGCCGGAUCUGGUAUGACAGGGCGACUUGAGGGGAGCCCCCGCCGAGCAUGCGGAGGCUAGACAGGAAGUUGCAGGUUGGGAUCCACCGGCUGCGACUUGGCUACCCUACUGCCAGAAGACUCAUCGACCGUGUGCGAGAGGAGUGCUGCUGCCAUUGCAACCAGAUGGUCCCCAAGCCACUAGUGCACUAUCUCCUCGACUGCCCCGUGACGGUGCCACUCCGACGGAGGCACUUCCCAAUGGCGCCUGGGGACCCGAACCGAGAAGACACAGCAGCCCGGCUGGUGUACCUGGCCGUCCGUGACCUUGGAACUCUCAUCCCCCAUCCUGGCUGCCCACUCACCGCCUCGAUGACGACGCCACAUACAACGAAGAGUCGCCACGACCUCUCCAUCUAUUAACUCUCCUACUCUUCCCUCUUUCACUCCCCUACCUCCCCUCCCCCACCACUUAAAAAAAAAAAAAAAAAAAAAAUCCAAUGGAGCCUGUACCUGUUUUCUAGGUAAAAGUCUGAACUCGCCUAGAACCCAUGCCACACUACCAACAAUUUGACGGGGCAACAAGUGCCUGAAGACCCUCAACCCUGGCGAUGCCUGCCGAUGUAUAGUGCCAAAACAAAAGCAUUCACAUUGCUAAACUCACAACUAGUAUUUAGUCACAUAGCCAUAAUACCAACUUACCUCAUAAUUUUGUAACAUUUUAAACUUAAGAUUUAAUAUAAGUCUGCCCGAAAUGCCUAGCCAUGCUAGGCAUUCUAGUGGUACACUCCGUAAUUAUUAUUUUACUACAUGUAAACCACACAAUAACCAAAUUUUGUAAACUCAGCAUUGUAAUCCUUAUAGAUAAUAAACUUUGAAUUGAAUUGAAUUGAAUGAAGCCCAAGUGGACGCCUGCUGAUGAAGACCAAGUGACGCCUGCUGAUGAAGAUGAGAAGUGAGAUUACACUUCCCUCCGGGGAGUCGCUGCAAAAGAGAAGAAGAGGUUACCCUCCAGCCGGAGGGCCCAAGAAAGAAGACAGUAGAAAGAAGAAGAUGAACGACACCCCCAACGGGGGCCACAGCCGGGUCAUCAAAUGGAGAAGACCCAGGCCGGAAGUACCGGCAAACCUCUAAUGAAUGAAUGAAUGAAUGUUAACCUCGUGUCCGAGGUGGAUCGAGGGGACGUUGUAGGUGAAGUGACUGAGGAUGGUGUGGCUGAUGCUAUGGGGAUCUAUACAGUGGAGAUGGUUAUUCAUAAUGAUGGCCUCCAAGAGGAGGCAAUGGAAGAGGAUAGUGGAUUGCAAAAGAGGGUGGCUGCACUCUCUGAUAUGGAGGAUGUGUUGACUUCAGCACAACAUUCUGGUAAAAAGGUGUGGGCAGAUAUGGCAAGGAGUGGCCUUGGAGGAUCCAAAGGACCACGGACUGUGUAAGGUGGUUCUCGGAGGUCGGGUGGUGACCGGGGUGGUCGUCAUAGACAGGUGGAUCGAGGUGUGUCAGUGCCCAAAGGGAAACCUCCUCUGUUAGCUUCAGGUGUUUAACUGAAAACGUCAAUGGUUUAAGACAUACAUUAAAGUGUAAGUGGUUUAGUGUAUUUUUAGGUCAGAAGAGUGUGGAUGUUAUGCCUGUGCAAGAGCACAAUCACAAACUUGGAUGCGAGUUGGUGAUUGAGGGUUAUACUGUUUU